AAGAAAGAAAGAAAGAAAGAAAGAAGAGUAGAGAUGAGAGAGAUGUUAAUAUGCAUGUUGACCAAAAUCUGGUUUCAAUAAUUGUUCACUUUGGAUUCAGAUUUGAUCUUGCUCAACUGUUCUUGAUUAUGCUGCAAAAGCCCUUUUCUUGAUCUUGCUCAAUUGGUUAUUGGAUUUGGUUGAGGCUCGGGCUUGAUUUCGCUGUUCUUGAUUUUGCCGCCAAAGGAAAACCUGAAUCUUGAAUUUGGCUGAACCCCAUUCGUCAUCAUCAGCUGGAGAAGAUGAUGUCCAAAUCGUACACUAACUUGUUAGAUCUAGCUUCGGGGAAUUUCCCAGUGAUGGGCCGCGAAAAGAAGCGGCUUCCGAGGGUCAUGACGGUGGCCGGAGUGAUUUCCGAGCUCGACGACGAUCAAUCCAGCAGCGUUGCCUCGGACGCUCCGUCGUCUCUAGUGGUAGAUCGAGUCAUAGUCGUCGCGAAUCAGCUCCCCGUGAAAGCCAAACGCAGGCCGGAUAAUAAAGGGUGGAGCUUUAGUUGGGAUGAUGAUUCUCUGUUGCUGUACAUAAAGGACGGUCUGCCGGAUGAAAUGGAGGUUAUAUAUGUAGGUUCUUUGAGGGUUGAAGUUGAUCCAAAUGAACAAGAUGAUGUUUCCCAAUUGCUCCUUGAUAGAUUCAAAUGCGUCCCGGCGUUUCUCCCGCCUGACAUUUUGGGAAAAUACUAUCACGGGUUUUGCAAGCAGCAUUUGUGGCCGCAUUUCCAUUACAUGCUCCCGUUCUCCGCCAGCCACGGUGGCCGGUUUGAGAGGUCGUGGUGGGAGGCGUACGUGGCGGCGAACAAGAUCUUCUCCCAGAAGGUCAUUGAGGUAAUUAACCCGGAGGAUGACUACGUUUGGAUCCACGACUACCAUCUCAUGGUUUUGCCGACCAUAUUGCGGCGGCGGUUCAACCGGCUGAGGAUGGGGUUUUUCCUCCACAGCCCGUUCCCGUCGUCGGAGAUCUACAGGACUCUGCCUGUCCGGGAAGAGAUUCUGAAGGCUUUGUUGAACUCGGACUUGAUUGGUUUCCACACGUUUGAUUACGCCCGCCAUUUCCUCUCUUGUUGUAGCAGGAUGUUGGGGUUGGAGUAUCAGUCGAAGCGGGGGUAUAUCGGGUUGGAGUAUUACGGGCGGACCAUCGGGGUUAAGAUCAUGCCUGUGGGUAUCCACAUUCCCCAGUUCGAAUCAGUCUUGCGACUCGCGGAUAAGGAGUGGAGGGUGGAUGAGCUGAAACAGCAGUUCGAAGGGAAGACGGUGAUUCUCGGAGUGGACGAUAUGGACAUCUUCAAAGGGAUUGAUCUGAAACUUCUGGCCAUGGAACAGAUGCUAUUGCAGCAUCCUGAUUGGCAGGGGAGGGCAGUUUUGGUACAAAUCGUAAAUCCCGCUCGGGGAAAGGGAAGGGAUCUUGAGGAGAUACAAGAAGAAAUCAGAACUAGCAUCAAACGAAUCAACGAGCGGUUCGGCCAGCCCGGAUAUCAACCGGUUGUCUUCAUCGACCAGCCCAUUUCGCUCAACGAGCGGGUCGCGUAUUACACCAUCGCGGAGUGCGUGGCGGUGACCGCCGUACGAGACGGUUUGAAUCUCACCCCGUAUGAGUACAUUGUAUGUAGACAAGGCGCGAGUCCAGAUUCGUCUGCCCCGAAGAAGAGUAUGUUAGUGGUGUCCGAAUUCAUCGGGUGUUCCCCGUCCCUGAGCGGGGCCCUACGGGUUAACCCGUGGAACGUCGAAGCAACCGCCGAGGCGUUGUACGCCGCGAUUUCAAUGGCCGACCCAGAGAAGCAGCUGCGACACGAGAAGCAUUACAAAUACGUUAGCACGCACGACGUGGCGUACUGGUCUAGAAGCUUCUUCCAAGAUCUGGAGAGGAGUUGCAAGGACCAUUUCCGGCAAAGAUGCUGGGGGAUCGGUCUGAGCUUUGGGUUUCGGGUUGUGGCGCUCGACCCUAAUUUCAGGAAACUGUCUGUGGACGCGAUCUCUUCUGCUUACUCCAGAGCUAAGAACAGAGCCAUUUUGUUGGAUUAUGACGGAACGGUCAUGCCUCAAACCACCAUUAACAAAGUCCCAAGCCGACAAAUCAUUUCCGUUAUCAGCUCGUUGUGCGAAGAUGCUAAAAAUACCGUCUUUCUCGUGAGCGGAAGAGGAAGGGACAGUUUGGGGAAAUGGUUUUCUGCUUGCAAGAAACUCGGCAUUGCCGCCGAACAUGGAUACUUUUUAAGGUGGUCGGGUGACGAGGAAUGGGAAACGUGCGGGCAAAACACGGAUUUCGGGUGGAAACAGAUUGCAGAGCCGGUGAUGAAGCUGUACACGGAAUCUACGGACGGGUCUUCAAUUGAGACGAAAGAGAGUGCUUUGGUUUGGCAUCACAGUGACGCGGAUCUCGGGUUCGGGUCCAGCCAAGCGAAAGAAAUGUUGGAUCAUCUUGAAAGUGUUCUUGCGAAUGAACCGGUCGAAGUGAAGAGCGGGCAAUUCAUUGUCGAAGUGAAACCUCAGGGUGUGAGUAAAGGACGAGUUGCAGAGAAGAUCUUCGGUAGCAUGGCGAAGAGGGGGCAGAAGUUUGAUUUCGUGCUGUGCGUGGGGGACGACAGGUCGGACGAGGACAUGUUCGAGGUGAUAGGGGCGGCAAUGGAAGGCGGCGUUCUGUCCCCGAACUCGUCGGUGUACGCGUGCACGGUCGGGCAGAAACCGAGUAAAGCCAAGUACUAUGUGGACGACGCGGCGGAGGUGAUUCAUGUUCUAGAAGCUCUCGCGCGGGAGUCAGGCCCCACCGCCGCUCUGUCUCUAGAAGCUUCUUCCGUCCGAAUCUGAGGAGUGCAAACUAUAAGCAAGUGUUUUGUACAAUCUGUUGUUGGUUUUUGUUUUUGAGAAGAAAAUGUUUUAGAAUUGGGGAGGUGUAUGUUUUUUCAUUUGGGUUUGGGUAGGACUGAUAUUCUUGGAUUGGUUCCAUUGUAAAUGAUGCUAUAAGUGUUGGUUCAAUUCAUUGCUUUUAUGCUUCAAAACAAAUGGAGUUAGUUUCCCAAUCAACUUCACAAUAAAGUAGAAUGAUUAUU